AGGCGUUUCGGGGGUGCGAUGGAAGGAGGAGGGAAUGGCGCAGCAGAGCCCAUUGGACUUGGUCCUCAGGACGUGCGACUCCAUGAGCCAGUGCCUUCAGUCGAAAGUGUCCCACAUCGUCGACGGAAUCCAGCAUAUCCAGAAGAAGCACGUCCACAACGCUAACGAGGCUCAAGUCGGUGGAGCGAAGGCUGUGGGCUUGCCGCCAUUUCUCUCGUCUUUCUUCUCAUCCGCGACUGCUGCUUUUGGACCUUCUCCAGCCAAGAAGUCCGGUGGCGACGCUGUUACGGCGGUCCUCCGUAGCUCCACCGCCGAUGUUCGAUGGGAGAAGGAUGGCGCUAAGAAUGCCUAUCCCAAGGCUCCGAGACCCUUAACGAAGGAAGAACUUGGAAGGUGUACAUGGACCCUGCUUCAUGCAAUUGGAGCCCAGUAUCCUGAUCAUCCAACAAAGCAACAGAAAAGAGAUGUCAAAGAGCUGAUGGCAAUAUUAUCUCGAUUACACCCUUGCAAGGAUUGUGCAGAUCAUUUCAAGGAAGUUCUCAAGGCAAAUCCUGUGCAGGCUGGUUCACAAGCUGAACUCUCACUGUGGUUGUGUCAUGUACACAAUGUCGUUAACAGAAGCAUUGGGAAGCCCGUCUUUCCAUGCAACCGGUUAGAAGCAAGGUGGGGAAAGCUGGAAUGCGAGGACCGUCUAUGUGAUGUGCAGGUCUUAACUCCAAACCUUAAGUGACCGUCGGUUUGUUUGGAGUCAACUUUGGACACGACUGCAUGUAUGUCUGAUCUAGGAGUCCUUAAUUUGUUGCUCGUUCCUUUUUGUGGUAUUGUAGCUGAAUAUAAACUUCAUUAUGCAUCAGAUAUAUGUUAACUUCAUUACCAUGACCAAUCAUUGUACAUUAAUCAUGCAGUCACAUUGUAGUCAAUUAAAUACAUUCUUUUUGCAAGAAGUGAAAGGUUAUGAUGUGCAAGGCUUGGAUCAUGUCCGCCUUGAGAACUAA